CACGUAAUAUGAGCACUCCAACAAGUUGUAGGAUGAUUAUUGUAUAGAAUAUGAAUUAAAAGAAGUUUCUAUAUUUCUAAACGUAUUUAAUCAUGGAAGAUAGCGGUAUUGAUAGUGAUCCCAAAGCUGUUAAUCACGUUGAGGACGAAAGACUCUUCUUGGGUAGUGAUAGUAGUUGUAGCAGUAAUAAUACACAGGUUACUCAACGCAAUACAACGAAACAGCUGCAAAAGAAACUUGAGAUACGCAUUGAACAGGCAAAACGAAUUCAACGCAAUUCAGAUUACAUAAAACUUCCAAAACAUGACAAUGAAAAUGCAAGCAGUUCUGCUGGAUUGAUAUCAAUACAAAGAUUGCCUAUACCACGUAAAAAUAAAGAGCACCUACCUUUAGUUGAAUAUUGGCACAGUGAAAGUGAAAGUGAGGAUGAAAUGACUCUCUUUCCGGUGAAAUCGAAGGAUUCCUCAAAGCACAAACAAGAUCUCACAGAUACGUUCAGCAUUGGAGAAUUAAGCGACGAAAGCGAGGACUCUUUAAACCUAGACCCAGCGCAACCACCACGUCCCUUCAUACGAACUUAUGUACCUACUGGGUGUUUUGCUUGCCAUUGUCAUAUAUUAUAACGUAAUAUAGUUUGCAUACAGAAUUGAUCUCAUUCAAACUAAUUGCUUAUUAUUUAAGUAUACGUAUGUCAUUGAAAGCAUAUUAAGAUAUUACAUUUUUGAUAAGUGGUUAUGUUUCC